AUGGCUUCGUCUCGGGUGGUGUCUUCACAUUUGCCGCCAUCUAAGGAUAGAGCCUUGACCGCUGCGUUACUGAGAGUCAGCGAAAAGGCGAUACGUCAUGAUGACGUCAUAUACUGCGGACCGAACGAACCAAUCUACGGUUGGACGGCAACUGUACCUAACCCACGGUACUCGGAGAAACCGAAACCGUCGUUCGGUAAAAAGAAAAAGAUUCUUAAGAAAAUGAAAGCGAACAUAGAUUACUUUAAAAACAGUGAAGCCAUUUUAGAAAUGUCCAAUGCUUCGUCUAAUACUGAUGGACAGUACCAUACAUAUGCCACACUGAGAGAUAUGUACGACACAUACAAGAAAACUCGCCUUCAAAUGUCCGACCAGCGUAAUGACAUAAUUGAUCCAGUAACUUACAAAUAUAUUCCGUGGAGUGAAAGAGAAGAAGACGAAUCUAUUUUCUCUGAUGACAUUAAACUACCAACGCUGAAGAUGAGCCACCCUGCAAAGUCCAGCAAAUUGGUGGAGGUCCUGGAGAAGUAUAUGCAUCGUGGCAACCAUAUACGGUCACCUGAAACUGGGGAGGCGAUAACGACAAGAGAUUCGGACCGAAAAUACAAAUGGGACUUUGAUAAAAAGAAAAGGACGACACGUAAGUCCAAAGGAGGGUUAAAGCAUGCAGAAAAUGACUUCGGCAAAAAUGAACUUUUGAGUAAAAUAGAACCUUCGACAAAAGAAAAACUUGUCAGGUAUGUGAAUGGUGCAGUAAAGAAAAAGAAACACCAAAACACAGAGAAGAGUUAUUACGUCACACUUCAUUCAAAAAAUCGUGACGUCAGAGAAGUCAGGGACGACAGUGACGUCAUAUCAAGGAUGAUUAAAUUCGAGAAGACGAAAGAGGACGAGCGCUGGGUGGCGCGCGUGGUCAUCGGGAAGUCUGAACGCGAGCAUGUGACGUCAUCAGAUACUACGUCAUCAAUUGGAUCAUCCGUAGUGAUCGUUCCAAGUACGAGGUACAAGAAACUGGGAGUGGUUGGGAGUGAGAGGGAGAGGAUAAAAAGAAGGAUACAAGCGAGGAGGAAAAAUAGGAAUGAGGAGAAAUAUGAAAAUGGUUCGGACGGCACAAAGCAACAAUAUCGUUUCAAUAGUCAGGUAAGUGAGAUAAUUUAAUUCAGAAUUUUGUGUACCGCUUGUGUAUUUUACCCCUUGGCUAUAUCUCAUAGGUUUUGUCUCGUUAACCUGUGCGUGCGUAUCUUG